GCUAAAUUCAUGAGAUUUACUUAAUAGUUAGUCCAACUACUCCUUUAAGGAGGAAGACUUUGGAUAUCUUUAUAACAAUUAAGCAUGGACAGUGAGGGGAGGAAAGUGGUGGUCUGUGACAAUGGGACAGGGUUCGUCAAGUGUGGUUUCGCUGGAUCCAACUUUCCGGAGCACAUCUUCCCAGCCAUGGUGGGUCGACCAAUCAUAAGAUCGACCACUAAAGUGGGCAACAUUGAGAUAAAGGAUCUGAUGGUGGGUGACGAGGCCAGUGAAUGUCGCUCCAUGCUGGAGGUGUCCUACCCCAUGGAGAACGGUAUGGUGCGCUGCUGGGAUGACAUGCUCCACCUGUGGGAACACACCUUCGGCCCCGACCGCCUCGACAUCAACCCAAAAGAGUGCAAGAUUCUCCUGACAGAGCCGCCCAUGAACCCCACCAAGAACCGGGAGAAGAUCACAGAGGUCAUGUUUGAGAAGUACCAGUUUCACGCCAUUUAUGUGGCAAUACAGGCUGUGCUGACUCUGUAUGCUCAGGGUUUGCUGACAGGUGUAGUCGUCGACUCAGGGGAUGGUGUCACCCACAUCUGUCCGGUAUACGAGGGCUUUUCUUUGCCCCACCUCACACGCAGGCUGGACAUUGCAGGGCGUGACAUCACACGUUACCUGAUCAAGCUGCUGCUUCUACGCGGUUACGCCUUCAACCACUCUGCCGACUUUGAGACCGUUCGUAUGUUGAAGGAGAAGCUCUGCUAUGUGGGGUACAACAUCGAGCAGGAGCAGCGGCUCGCCACAGAGACCACCUACCUGGUGGAGACGUUCACACUUCCUGAUGGCCGGCAGGUGAAGGUAGGCGGAGAGAGGUUCGGGGCCCCUGAAGCUCUCUUCCAGCCUCAUCUCAUCAACAUUGAGGGGGCAGGAGUGGCAGAGCUGUUGUUCAACACCAUCCAGGCAGCAGACAUUGACCUCAGGGCAGACUUCUAUAAGCACAUCGUUCUGUCAGGAGGGACCACCAUGUACCCCGGCCUCCCAUCCAGACUGGAGAGAGAAAUCAAACAGCUGUACCUGGAGAGGGUUUUGGAUGGAGACACACAGAAACUCUCAAAGUUCAAGAUCCGGAUCGAGGACCCUCCCAGGCGUAAACACAUGGUGUUCCUGGGUGGAGCCGUGCUCGCCAACAUCAUGAAAGACAAAGACUCCUUCUGGCUCACGAGGGCAGAGUACGAGGAGAAAGGCCUGGGAGUGCUGCAGAAGCUGGGAGGUGGAGUCAGAUAAAGCUGUUGAAAUUUGGAGGAAAAAAUCACAUAGAUAUAUUUUUACAUUGUUGGACAAAUUUCCCACCUGUCACCACUUGGGAUAAAAAGUUUCUUAUCAGUUUAUAAUCUCUCUAAUUCUUGCAAUAAUAGAUAACAUGCUGACUUACCAAAAAAAAAAAAAAAAAAAAGAAAAGGAAAAAAUCAGUUUGUGAUAAUUGAAAAAUGUCAGGCUGAGGAAUGGAGUAUUGACCAUGAAUAUGAUUGAAAUACAUUUUACUACAUGAAUAGCUAAAAGUUUUUACUUUAAAAUAAAAUCUGGCUGCUUGAAAAGUCAUUUUAGAAUUUUUAUGUCUCAAUUACAUAGUUAGGCCUGAAGCUGUCAGGAUCAUAGACAUUAUUAACAUACAGGUGCAUCUCAAAAAAUUCAAAUGUCAAGUACAAGUUUGUUUUUUCCCUUUUAAUUUAAUACAAGAAGUUAAACGUCCAUGAUCAAAAUCAAAAUCCACUAUCUAAAAAUGUUCCAAUAUCACAAAACAUCAGUUAAAAUGAUUUAUAAUACAGAAAGGUUGACAUUCUGAAAAACGAUGCUCAUUUGCCACUCAAUAAUUGGUUGGCGCUCCUUUUGCACAAAUUACUGCAUCUAUGCAACAUAGCAUGGAGGCGAUCAGUCCAUGGCACUGCUGGGAUGUUAUG